AUGGAGGCUGCUAGUAACUUAGACAUUGAAAGUGCCACCUCGUAUAACCUUCCCAUCAAUGCGUGUCGAAAUGUCCAUGUAAAAGCUGCCAGAGUACAGGGCUUUUUAGCUAUUGGUAUUGCAGCGAAUCUGUUGGCCAUUGUGGUCCUGUCCCGGGGAAAGUGUGGGCUCUCAAAAUGUAUCACCCUCUACAUGGUGGCCAUGGCAGUGGCCGAUCUCCUGUUCGCCAUCAACGAAGUGGUUUUGAACCACAUACAUGCUCUUUACUUCAAUCACACAUUUCUGGACAUCAUUCCCGUGUGUUCACUCAGAUUGGUGCUGAUGUCGGCGGUGACACAUAUGUCAGUCUGGUUCACAGUGGCUUUCAGCUUUGAUCGCCUGGUCGCCAUCUGUUGUGUGAAACUGAAAUCAAGUUAUUGCACCGAGAGAACAGCAGCCGUGGUUGAAGGAAUGAUUUCUUCUCUGAGCUGUUUCAUCAGCAUUCCCUGGUACUUUAUGUUUGAGCCCAGAGAGAUAGUGAACAAAAUGCCUUGGUUUUGCAAUGUCAAAACGGUUUACUACACCACUCCCACAUGGAUUGUAUUUCACUGGUUUGACACAAUAAUAACACCGUUUGUUCCAUUCUUUCUGAUUUUGAUGAUGAACGUGGUGACAGUCAGUCACAUUUUAGCGGCCAACGGAAUCCGCAGAAAACUCCUGCACCAGAAACGUAAUAGUGGCAAUGAUGCAGAGAUGGAGAACCGAAGAAGAUCCAUCAUCUUACUCUUCGCCAUGUCAGGCAGCUUCAUCCUUUUGUGGCUGACGAGACAACAUGUUGAAGGAGCUGGUGGUUUCCAGUCACUGCGGAAAAAGCCAAACUGGGGAGCAGCUCAGUACAUCCUCGUGGUCAAUGCAAAGGUGAAUAUUUGGAUCGGGCACCUGGCAAACAGUCAACGCAGAAACGAAGCUUGCAAAUACCUCCUGGGCAUCGUGACCAGCGUGAUUGGCCGGGCACAGAGAACACUGUGGGAAACCUUGGUGAAAAUGCAGGAAAACAAAGCCAAGAUUCUAAAGAUACUGAGAGAGAUCCCGGAAAAGAGUAUCAGUCUGCUUGCUAUGGCGCAGUGGAGUGGAAAGGUGGAGCCAUUGUCAGAUAGCCUGAGAGAUAUUCAAAAUCACCACAAAGGAACCCUUCGCUCCCAGAAUAAGCAGCUGUCAGUACACAAACUGCGAGGCCGGGAGAAAAGCAAGACAUUUCUACUGUCUGACCGCUACACGGUAUUAAUAGUCACUUCAUCUCCCCGUGAUCGGAGGCUGGUGGAGAAUGAACUGGUGUCGACAGGCAGAGACCAUGAGGAGUGGCAAGAGAAGAAUGUCAGGAAGGAACUGGAGACAAUACAACCGGAUCAGCUGUUCGGAAGUAGUUUUGGGAGAAACCGAUGUGGGACCACCAUCCUGAGUGGAAUCGCAGGGAUUGGGAAAACCACCAUAGUGCAGAACAUUCUGUGUGGCUGGGCCACAGGGAAGAUCUAUCCCCAGUUCCACUUUGUCUUUCAUUUCAAAUUCCGUGAUCUGAACGUUAUAAAAGGGGAAACAAGCCUGAAAACCAUGGUUCUGGAAUCAUAUCCUUAUCUUCACGAUGUUCUGGACAUCAUCUGGGAGAAGCCGGAACAUUUGCUAUUUGUGUUUGAUGGUUUGGAUGAGUUCAAAUGCAAGAUUGAGUUCAAGGACAAGAUUGGGUGCAGAGAGAGAAGGAGAAACCAAGCCCCGAGGGUCAGCUGCCCGGGACCUCAAGGCCUCUGUCCCGUGGCUGAAAUUGUCCGAUGUUUGGUGCAGCAGGAAGUACUGAAAGGCUGUUCAGUGCUCAUCACAAGCCGGCCAACUGCCCUAGAGUCUUUAGAUCACAUCCACACCAAUCUCUGGGCUGAAAUAAUGGGAUUCUUCGCUGAUGGAAGGGAAGAAUACAUCAGUCGCUUCUUUCCACUUAAGAAGAUUGCAGCUGAAGUGCUGAGAUAUGUGAAGGAGAAUGACCUCCUGUACACCAUGUGUUUCAACCCUUCCUACUGCUGGAUCCUCUGUUGCACAUUGGAGCCAAUCUUCAAAAAUCCAGAGUGCAAACAGCCGCCCCCCAAAACUAUCACCCAGCUGUACUCCAAUUACAUCUACAACAUCCUGAAGAACCAUCCACGAGCUGGUGAGAGCCCUCGGGAGUCGAUGCUGAGAGCCGGGGAGAUGGCCUAUGAGGGGAUCUGUAACAGGACCAUUGUGUUCGAUGAUGACCAUUUCCAUCGCCAUCUGCUUGAACCCUCAAACUUCAUCUCAGGGUUCAUGAUGGAGAUUCUGGAGAAGGAUGAUGGUGGGAGAGGAGUUGUGUACACAUUCCCUCACCUCACCGUCCAAGAAUUUGUGGCUGCUCUCGCCCAGUAUCUGACUCCCGUCCGUAGGAACCUGCUGGAGAUGCUUGACCAGGUUCACACAAUGAACGAUGGGCGCUUUGAGAUCUUCCAGCGGUUUGUUGUGGGUCUCUCCUGGCCUCACACAACUCGGCAGCUGGAGGAGAUCCUCGGGUCGUUACCUCACGCCUCAGUCUGUGAAGCCAUCACCUGGCUGAAGGUGAACGUGGAGGCGGCGAUUAAAGAGUCAGGGAGUGAAGAUGGUAAAAGGAAGCUGCUGAAUAUGAUGUACUAUCUCUUUGAGUCUCAGAACUACAGACUGGCCCAGGUCACACUUGGAGCUGUGGAGACACUGGACUUUAGUAGGAUCAGGUUGAACCCUCUGGACUGUGCUGUGCUGUCGCAUGUGUUACAGCUCUGUUGCACUGUAGAAACCCUCGAUCUCGAAAGCUGUAACAUCGGAGCUGAAGGGAUCCAUCGUCUGGGGCCCGCACUGCGCAUGUGCCGACAGCUCAGGCUGGAGGGCAACAAUCUGGGAGAUUCAGGAGUGAAGCGACUGUGUGAGUCUCUGAGGAACCCGGAAUGUCAAAUAACGAGAGUGGAGCUCUGGAAUAACAAUCUGACAGCUGAGUGUACCGAGGAUCUCGCCUCCGCUCUCAGUACAAACCAGUCACUGACAGAGCUGAACCUGAACGUUAAUGAACUGAGAGAUUCAGGAGUGAAGCGACUCUGUGCGGCUCUGAGGAACCCGGAGUGUCAGAUUCAGAGUGUGGAGCUGGAGAGUAACAGACUGACCGAUGGCUGCACUGAUGACCUGGUCUCCGCUCUCAGUACAAGCCGCUCACUGAGGAAACUGGACCUCGGGUCUAACUCCUUCACAGACGGCUCUGUCCCCGCUCUCCGCGGCCUCAUACAGACCUGCACCAGUCUGGAGGAGAUCGGGCUGAGGGGGAACGGGUUCAGCUCAGACGGAAAGAUUCAGCUGGAGUCACUGCGGGAAAUGAGAGCGGUCCUGACAGUGAGAGUGUGACACUGACUGAGGCAGUGACUGUCCACACAGACUGUGUCAUAUGUAUUAUAUUCUGGACACUGUAGUGAUUGAUUAUUAAACAUGUCAAUCCUGAUUCCUCUCCCAGCCCUGCUCUGGGGACCGUUAUUAUCACAUCAACCCUGACACACAGACGCCCUCCCACAUUUUUCUUCCUUCCUUCCUUCCUUUUUGUCUUUCCUUCUCUCUC